AUGGCCACUUCAAUGGAACUACCUCCUGUAGAAUACCACUAUGGAGAGCGAACAUAUACCUCCCUUCAAUCAAUCGUCUCUGACCCCACUCAUCUUCUCAUGUCUUCAAGCGUUUCCGGAACAACUCAGGCCCCUCUUGGUGGGGAUCUGAACAUCCUCUCUGCUGCCCGCUAUCCUCAGGCUCUCAUGGAGCCUUACAGGGGAACAGAGCACACCUCGCGCAAGAGAAAAGUCGUCGACGAAGACCAGUACUAUGGUGGAAUAGUCUUGCGAGGAGCCUCUGCAAGCGAUGCCAACAACUCAUCUUCUGGUGAAACAGACCCUAUCCUACCCUCGAAAAAGAAGCGAUCCGGAAGACAGCCUGCUGGUGGUGAUCAAGAUGAUCAGUCAGACCCAAAGAAACAACGCGGUCGACCUAGACUGGACACCCAAGACGAGACCGCCGCAGACCGCCGACGAACACAGAUCCGCCUCGCUCAGAGAGCAUAUCGUCACCGGAAAGAGACCACCAUUUCUGCCUUGAAGAAUAAGGUAGCUGCACUCCACGACACCAUCGAUCAGAUGAACAAGACUUUCUUAGACCUACACGAUAACAUGGUAGAUGCCGGCAUCUUGAAUUCUCAUUAUGCUCUUGGUCGACAAUUGAAGAACGCAACAGAAGCUUUUGUGGCAUUUUCGAAGAUCACUGCCAACGAGUCCGACGACGAAGAUGAAAAGAUAGCCAAAAUCACAAACGGCGAGACGGAGGCAGAUCGCACAGAGACAGUCGCCAAAGUCAAGCGACCAACUGUUCAAGAUGUUGAAAAAUGGAGUGGUGGAGGUGGUCAGAAGAGGAUCCCGAAGCCAUCCUCCCGCACAGCCAAAAGAGUCAAUGUACGUGGUACUAGUUUUGAUCCGAGCUCUACCGACGUAGAAGCAGAUGUAAAAGCAAAACCCCUGAACUCCACCAAGACCAACCUUACCGAUGACAACGAUGACGACGGAUUCCUUGCUGCAAUCUCGCAGACGAGCUUCAUCGAUACUUCGAACCUGCAUGGACUGAAUGAGUUGAUGCAGUUUAACGCCCAAAUCCCGGAGGAGACUUCAUUUAACUACCCAGAAUUGAGCGAUGCCCUGAGCAUUGAACGUCCCAUUAAACCAUCCUAUCAGGCCCAGGGCUCAUAUACUUACAGCUUUCAAGAAACCACCUUCGCCCGCCGUCUCCAUCGUAUGUGUCUCGAACGAGCCUUCCGAAACCUGACCAAUCCACAAAUCGACCCAGCAUAUAUCAAGCGAGCGUUUCGAUUUACAUUCUGCUUCUCCAAUCGGAAACGAAUGCUUCAUCGCUUUCAGGAGAUGCUCAAACGCCGCGCUGGAGAAAGCCUUGAGAAUUGGAGCGUGCCUUUCUUUCGAAUUGGUGGCGCAGGCACGCACUUCCCCCGACGUGAUGAGGACGGGAAGCCCAUCUAUCCUCCAAACAUGGUCAGCCCGGCCAAAGCAUUCGGUCCACAACCCUGGAUUGAAGUCGAGACCCCUCGACUGGAGACAACCACACAAGAAAUGCUCGAAAACAUCGGUUUUGGCGGUGAAUGGUUCGAUUCCCACGACGUUGAAGAGUACCUGAAGACCAAGGGUAUCUACCUCGACGGCCAGAGCAGCUUCGUCGAAGUUGACCCGAGUGUCCUCCUGCUGAUCAAAUCGAGCACCGGUAACUCCAACAGCAAUGCCUCCCUGAGCGACAGUUCCAGCAUCUCUCGCAGCCCACAUGAGCUGAGCAUUCGUACCCCAUCACCACUACUCGACAACAUGGCCGAUCCAUUCAUCGCCCGAGAGCUAGGCGACAUCUACGCCAACAAUUCCUCCCUCUUCCCUCCCACCCACAACAACCCACCCAACCCUCUCCGCAACGCAUCCAAGAAGCAGCCCGCCAACAACCUCGACUCCGUCUUCAACACCGACACCAAUGAUACAAAUAAUGCGACAUCACCAUUCCCCACCAACUUCUUCGCCCCACAGCUCUCCGAACCCUUCACCCCGGGAAACCUCUAUCAGGACUUCCUCGGGCGCCACGCACAGGGUCCCGUGACGUUCGACGUCGACAUGUUCCUCGAGCGCAUGAUCGAACACAGUGCAUGUCUCGGCCGCGCACCGGGAUUCAGAAAGACGGCCAUCGAUGAUGCGCUGAGACUGAGCGUGCAGGAGUCUGUCUUCUAG